AUCUAAAAUGUCCACGGAGGCACAGAGAGUGGACGACAGCCCAAGCACUAGUGGAGGGAGCUCCGAUGGGGAUCAGCGGGAGAGCGUCCAGCAAGAACCCGAGCGAGAGCAAGUUCAGCCCAAGAAGAAGGAGGGGAAGAUAUCCAGCAAGACGGCUGCCAAACUGUCCACCAGUGCCAAAAGAAUUCAGAAGGAGCUUGCAGAGAUUACGCUGGACCCCCCUCCGAACUGUAGCGCUGGACCCAAAGGAGACAACAUCUAUGAAUGGAGGUCAACUAUAUUGGGGCCCCCAGGAUCUGUGUAUGAAGGAGGGGUGUUCUUUCUUGACAUCACCUUUUCACCAGACUAUCCGUUUAAACCCCCCAAGGUCACCUUCCGAACGAGAAUCUACCACUGUAAUAUCAACAGCCAAGGGGUGAUCUGUCUGGACAUCCUCAAGGACAACUGGAGUCCGGCCCUGACCAUCUCGAAAGUCCUCCUGUCCAUCUGCUCACUCCUCACAGACUGCAACCCUGGUGAGUGACCCUGGAGCUGGUAGCAGACUGAGAAAGAAGGGC